GCCCCUCCUACGUGCUCCUAUAGCACCUGUGCACACCUGGAUCAUAAUAUUCAUCAUACCAGAUGUGGGCUCUUGGCAUUUGUGGUCUUAAAUACUUGUGAUGGCCCAAAGGUCCGUGAGGUAGUAAUUUGUAAUAGGUUUAUUUUAUCUGUUAAUCUUUCUAUCUAUCAAUCAAUCAGUCUAUCUAUAGAUCGAUAGACAAAAUAAGGCAAGGCAUAAGUAGCUUGGGGAUUCAGAAGCUCAGAAGCUCUCGGGAUGUAUCCAUACCGAUAGUAAAGGUUCUACCAUAUUUUAAUUUUCUAUUUCUUUGUAUGUUUCCCGUAUUAAGUUUUGGAUUCCUAAAUUGGGGGACUUAAAAAAACCUUUAUCCCUAGUGCCUUAUAUUUAUAUAACAGAGGUUUAAAUAAUAUUUACUGAGUGAAUGAAUGCGUAUUUUUAAUUUAAUAGAUUUUUACCCUAAAACUGACUUUGCCCCUGAGCCACAGUUUGAGGUGCUGACCCUCUUCCCAGGAAAAUAUACACACAUGGUUAACCUCAAAAUUUCAGAAGGUUUGAGUCACCUUUGCCCUCAAGGACAGUUUCCCAUUUAUUCAAGGAGAAAGGGAGGAGGAAUGCAUUUUUUAAUACUAAAUACUCCAGAGAUGUAUGGCUGAUAAAGUAAAAGGACUCAUUUGAAUUCAAUUUUUUAAAAGAUAGAUACUACCCUAUUUUGUCUUUGCCCAGCAACUUCUUGGAAAAGUUAACAUGAUUCGUUUUCAAGAGAGGCAAAUUUGGAUCAUAAUUUAGAAAACUUAUAGAAAGUCAAUUAUAGGUGUUUGGGGGCUAUGAUUUGGGGAUAUAUAAGAAAAGUUCCCCACCCCUGCUUUCACCCGAGCAGCUCACACAUGCCUGCUGCACUCUCUGAAAUUCUUUUCAUUCACUACACUUUGUGACUAAGGCUUGGAACACUCUGUCCUCAGUGGCAUAUCUGAGAGGGUGAAUGCAUUUGGGCACUAAUGCCUGAAGGAAAGGUGCUUAGACAGCCAGGGAGGCUGGUGACAAAGCAGCCCUUAGGUCAGGGCAGGAAGGCUGAAUCCCAGGGGACAGCCUUUAGCUUUGCCACUAGCAUGGAGGCUCAGACGACAACAUCAUCUUCUUUAUGAUUAAGGCAGGCUCUAAAAUUGCAAAAGGAAAGAUGAGAUCUUUUGGCUAGUAGCUCUUUCAAGACUCUUCCUAAAUGUUCUUCCUAAAAAGCCAAGCUUUGUGGCUCUCAGUGGUACAGAUUGUAUACCUGCAUAUGACUGAGAGAUGUCUCACAGGUAUGAGAGAUAACAUGUUAAAAUGUAUAUGCAUAUUCUGAAGACCAGACAGAAGCUUUCCAAAGCACACCCAAAUCAGUGCUUCUUAAAGAGGGACCAAGAGUGGGGUGGAUGGGGAGCUCGGGGGAGUUUGGGGACCAUCCUGAGAAUCACUGUAAUAAAGGGGUACAGUUCGUGGCACUGAGGUGCACACACGAAGGAUGUGAAGACUGAGGAAGAUGGUUGAGAACUAUGAUCAAGAUUAAAGUCCACGGGCCUCAUUUACAGAUCCGGUAUUCCCUUCAAAGGCUCAUACAGAGUGGUUUGUCGUGUGAAGGGCCUCGCUGUUUGGUUCCACGCCUACUACUUUGCAUUUGCAUUACACAUGGAGAAAACUGUACAACAGCUAUCACUCUCUGAGGGUGGAAACUGCCAUGAAUCACAAGGACAAGAAGUAAUUUUCUGCAAUCACAAGAUGACUCAGUUUCCCAGGGGAGAGAGAAUGAUUGUCCUAGAUUAGGUCAUGUGUCCACCCCUGUCCUACGUGACUGGCAGGCUCCAGCAUCACUCGAAGUCCAAAGAGAGGUGCAGUUCCUCAAAGGAAGAGUGGGAUGGAUCAUGCAGCUGCCCAGCUGGAGAAGCAGCACGUGCACGAUGUGUAUGAGAGCACCGCUCCUUACUUCAGCGACUUGCAGAGCAAAGCCUGGCCUCGUGUCCGCCAGUUCCUCCAGGACCAGAAGCCUGGCAGCCUCAUCGCUGACAUAGGCUGUGGAACUGGAAAGUAUCUUAAAGUGAACAGCCAGGUACAUACCCUGGGCUGUGACUACUGUGCGCCAUUGGUAGAGAUUGCCCGGAGUAGAGGAUGUGAAGUCAUGGUAUGUGACAACCUUAAUCUCCCCUUUAGGGAUCAGGGCUUCGACGCCAUCAUCUCCAUAGGAGUCAUACAUCAUUUUUCUACAAAACAAAGAAGAAUCAGAGCAAUAAAGGAAAUGGCCAGGGUCUUAGUUCCUGGAGGCCAGCUGAUGAUUUAUGUUUGGGCCAUGGAACAAAAGAACCGGCACUUUGAGAAGCAAGAUGUGCUUGUUCCAUGGAACAAAGCCUUGUGCUCCCAGCCCCUCUCGGAAUCCAGCCAGCCUGGGAGAAAGAAGCAGUGCGGGCAUCCAGAAAGAAGCCAUCCCUACCCCCCUCCCUGCUCUGCGUGUCGCUGUCCCGUUUGUUUUAAGGGGCGCUGUGAUUCGAGGCGGUCCCGCAGCGUGGACCGUGACUCUGCUCUAGCUGGCACCUGCUGUGCAAAUAUUUCCAAGGAAGGCGAGGAAGAAAACGGAUUCUAUAACACGCUGGGGAAAUCUUUUCGCUCCUGGUUUUCCUCUAGAUCUUUGGAUGAAUCAACUCUGAGGAAGCAAAUUGAAAAAAUGAGACCCUUGAAAAACACAGAAAGUUGGGCCAAUAGCACGAUAUCCACCCAGCCUUCAAGACACUCAAGUUUCGACUUAGAUCAUCCAGAGCCAUUUUCAACAGGAGAGCAACAUUUAGAUGAGGAAGUGUUUGUGGAGACUUCUCAAAAACACCUGGAAUGGCUGAGAGCGCCCGCCACACACAAACACCUAAAUGGAGACCAUCCAAGAGGCGUGAGGAGAAAUGGAGAUGGGAAUUUUCUGGGUAGCACCAAUAGCAGGGAGAAUUGUACGGAUGCAGGUAACUUAGAAGAGGGUACCCCUUCUGCUAGUAAAAUGUGGAGGAGGAUUUCUGCAGCUGAUUCCAAAGAUUCCAACCCAGGUGACACCAUUUCUGUCGAAGAACAACAGCCCGACAUUUUGGAAUCUGGUGCCUUUAUGCGCUAUUACCACGUGUUUCGAGAAGGCGAGCUCUAUGGCCUGCUGAAGGACAGUGUGUCGGAGCUCCAUAUUCUGAGCUCUGGGAAUGAUCAUGGCAACUGGUGUAUCAUUGCAGAGAAGAAGGAAAGUUGUGAUUGAGCGGAUCAUUUCAGACAUCUCCUCCAAAAGAUGAACCCCAUUCUUCUCACUGGGUUUGUGAUAUGGUCCCCUGAAUGGGCAUCCAAUUUCGUCAUUUGGUCUGUAUUGAAUCCGUUUAUAUUUUGGUCUAUACACACUAUGAAUUCAUCAUCUUUUUAGUCUAUAGGCAAGCACAGUGCUUGGCAUCUGACAAAGAGUAUUUGUGGUUAAAUGUUAAUAUAAGAGAUCUGAAGAAGCAAUAUAACAUGAACUUCAACACAGCUGAAUCACUAACAAUACAUGUAUACUGUUUUUCAGUAUUAUAUAGUGAUUUCAAAAGAUUCUGCUUUUAAGUAGACCUUUUAAAAACAUCAUUUGUAUAUAGGAAGGGGGUAAUUCCUACUUCUCUGGUUAUAAUUUAGAUCUGUGUGCAAGAUAAUAGGUAAACUCGUACCAGAGCACCAAUGUAAUUUGAACCAUGUGAUAAAUUAUUUCGUUGCCAAGGCCUUGCUUCUAUUUGAAGUCUUCAGAAAGGUGAGAGACGGUGGAGAGAGACAAGAAGGGUUCUGAGAACUUUUCUAGAUGAUAAGCGAACUUGCUUCAAGAUAAGUAAAUAAUAAGGUUUUUGAUGUUGCUCAGAGGCUUUAAAGGCACUGUCAGCAUGUUGAGAGUGGAGUAUGUGGGCACCGGGAAGUUGUUGCAAGUUACCCAGGUGGUAUUCUUCCAACCUUAUUAGAAGCAGGAAUAUCCAGUUACGGCAAGACCAAGAUUGACUAAUGAGUUUUCAUCUGGAAUGAUGCUUUACUUAUGCAUUGAAGGGAUACUUAGGAAAUGAGAAUCUGGUUGAAACAGUGCUUUUUAUUGGUUCUCAAAACAAACAGAUCAUUAAGGUACAUGAUAUUUGGACUUGGUGGAGGACUGAUUGUUGGAUCUUUAAAAAUAAUAUCUGGGCAUUUAUCUUAUUGAAAGGGACUACAUUUUAAUAGUUAUAUUAGGGAUUUAGGUAGAAUCAAGUCCUAUUAAUUAAAGGUUCAAUUUCUGCCACUUUACAGACAAACAAAUAGCUGGGCACUGUCUGGUCACCACAUCUGUUUACAUUUAACCAUGGGUCUGUUUAAAUCCAUGUUGUGGAUCCUGAGACACAGAUAUAAUUAGGAGAAGCAAAAGUAAGUUGACCCAAGAAUACAGUUUCAGGCAGUUCCUUAAUGAGGAGAGAAUCAACACUUGACAAAAGGCUUUUUACUGUAUGGGCCACUGUAAACCCAGAAGAAACCCAAUUCUUGUUUUGUUUUCCACUGAAAUUACUAAAAUAGUAUAAGAUUUCAUUUGUGUUGGGUUUAUUUUUCCCGUCGGUAAUUGUGCUCUAACUUAAAAUAAUGAUGCUACUUUCAAAGAAAUUUAAAGGAUUUUUAAAAAUUUUAUUUAUUUUCGGCUGCAUUGGA